CUUCUCUUCUUCAACAGAGAGUGAGAGAGAGAGAGAGAAGAAAAAUAAAAAUGCCCAACAAUACCCUUCGAGAGAAUCUCCAUCUCUGCAUCUCAAAACUCAAACGCAGCAGCAAAAGCAAAAGCCCUUCUUCCAUCACCACUCCCCAACCUUCUCCCGAGCCAACAAAACCUACUCCCCAAAAACCCCACAACAAUUCCAAAAAUUCCCAAACAGUCCUCUUCAAGAACUUCAACUCCCUUUACAACUCAAGCACAUCCGAUUAUUCCUCAGAAACCCUUCUCAAUUCAACUUCCUCUUCUUCCUCCACAUCUUCUUCCUUCUCCGAUGAAGAAGAUCCGGCCAUCCACGUGUCCAAUGGUCGAUUCUUCUUCUCCUCGCCAGGCAGAUCCAAAUCCAUCGUCCACGAUGAGGCCACGUCAGUCUUCGGCGGUGGGGGGAUCGCCGUCCCCACUUACUCCCCCGACCCUUACAUGGACUUCAAGAGAUCGAUGGAGGAGAUGAUCCGGGCCCAGGGAUUGGACGAUGCUCGGGCCCACUGGGACCAUCUCCACGACCUCCUCCUUUGCUAUCUUGCGCUUAACCGUCAGAACACCCACAAAUUCAUCGUCGGCGCUUUCGCCGAUCUCCUCGUCGCCCUCCUCGUCCGCGAUGGGGAUGGAUCGCCGGCCCGGGAUCUGACGCAUUCCCCCGCCGGCGAGAGGAAAUGUAGCGAUGGUGAUCAGGAAUGCUUGUAAUUGCUACAGGAAAAUGAUCACGUGCAGUCGACCUCUAUGGGCCCUUCCUUGAUGUUUUGAUGACAUCCAAUCCGUCCAUCAUUUGGGCCCACCAAUCGAUGGAGAGCGUGCACGAUGGUCGGAGUGGAUCUCAACCACACAUCACGGCGGGGCCCACACAACUCGUUUGAACUAUUAAUACACUGAAGAUGUGUGCACUGGAUCGUGUAAUAUAAUAUUCACGUACAAAUGUUGUAUGGUAACUUUCACGCAUCACUUUUGUCUGAUUAUAAUGUGUUGAUUGAUGGAGCAUCCAAGCCGUUGAAAAGGUGGGCCAUGCGUGGAAGAUUGCUUGUAGUGAAAAUUGGAGGAAUUGAUUCGUAUGGUUGGUCAUUCAUUGUUUUUCGGUUGAUUUCGACGGUGUAGGUUCCCUGAUGAAUGGACCGUCCUAGAUUUUCA